AUGCUCGUGCCUGCAUGCUGUCCUCCGCAUCGAAGACGUCGGACUCUUCGAAUGAUGCGCUCUCGCAGACCUCAAUAUCCGAGAGUGGAUAAACUGCAUCCAAGCAUUCUUAAGAGCUACCGGGAAGACAGCUGCUGGACGGACUGGGAAAUAAAUGAAAUGCUUCGGCCUGCCUCGGACUCGGAGAGUAUCUUUCGGGUGCGAACAGGUCUUCAGCACGUGAAUAAUCCAGAGCUUCGGCGACGGCUGAACUUGGAUGCCGUGGAGUGGGAAGCUUUCAACGAUGCUGUUCGCGUUCAGAGAACCCUGGGUUUGAGCAAGGACUCCGCGGAUCAUUGGUACUGCUGUUCUUGGAAGGCUACACACACGCCGGAGGACGAGAUGGUCCUUGCCAACCUUCUCUCGAACGGAACUGUACGACGACUCGUGAGCAGAGGCUUUCUUUAUGUCCAGAAUCCAAGCGAACGCGAAAGGCUGGAAUUGGAUGAGGUGGAAGAUCUUGCACGGCAACGCGCCAAGCGCGUGCUCCGCAAGUGGGGUCAUUUGCCAUGGACUCGUGAUUAA